CUGAAGAGGGCAGUGGAGGAAGAGAGCUUGACCCUCAAAGAUGGUCACUCUAUAAUGCAAGUGCUUUCUCUCCGUGGUUCCAAUCUCAUUGAGCUUCUGCUUUGUAGUAAACUACCAGUGUUUAUGAAAAAGCACCAGUGGGUGGCUAUAAGCUUAUUGGGUUGGCUCGGCUCGUUCACCUAUGCCCUAGGACUUCACUCAAAAUCAUAAAGGGAUGUGGUUGGGUUGGGAUAAUUCUUAGAUUGAAGUUGUGGUAGUAAGGAAAAUUAUUUAAAUUUGUACUGCACAAUGUGCUUAUUGCUUACCUUUGAUUCUGCUCUACUUAUUGAAGAUCAUGGAUGGACAAGGAGAGAAAUCUUUGGCACUGUUUCCAGCUAAAUUUCAAAAGAGCAUGUGGAUAAAACGAGGGAGUUUUGUUGUUGUUGAUGCAAGUGGAAAGGAGAAGGUUCUUGAAUCUGGCAGCAAGGUGGGAUGCAUUGUUUCGCAGGUUCUAUUUUACGAGCAAGUUCGUGUGCUUAAGAAAUCACCAGAGUGGCCAGAAAUCUUCAAAUCCACAGUUUCAGAUGGAUGCAAUGCAAGUCUGCAGGGAGACACCUCCCAACAAGAAGAGAAUGAGCUUGACUCAAGUGAUGAUGAUGGACUUCCUCCACUAGAAGCCAACACGAACAGGAUGAAACCAGUUGAUUGGAAAUCGGACACAGAAUCGAAUUCUGGUACAGAUACAGAUUCAUAAUUCAGAAUCAGACUUAGGUUCAGCAACUGGUUCUUGGAUAGUUAUGCAGAAGAUGUAUGCUGAAAAAGAUCAAAUGAAGUGAGGAUAACAAUGUCAAACUAGUGUCCGGAAUUUUUGGACAGAAUUUUUGUUGGAUUGACCCUAUAUGUAAUCAUGUACUGAAAUACAAACACGCUAUUACUAGCGCAGGAACAUUAACCAAUCCAUUUAUUUGUAAUGUUUAAACGUAUAUGCAGAGCCUUCUACA